UUUAAAACUAACUCACUUAAUUCGACAUUCCAGCUUAACGAACAUAAAAAAAACUCGAAAUAACCCAUAAAUAUGGCCUCACCAGAUGUCAAGCCAGACACCAGUAAUAUUUCUACAGUUCACGCACAACCAGAGAUAAACAAUAUUCUCAAAGGCAAUGACGAUGUUCGUCAACAUGAAUCGAUAGAAUUUAGUGGUUUUGCUGUCCAAACAGAAGGCUAUGAAGACGUUGUGCCAAAUAGCCACACAUUUACGGAAAAACAGUCAUUGUCUAGUGCAACUAUAGGUCUAUCUCAACAUGGACUCCCUUUCCAUCUAGUCGAAUUAGCUCAUAAAACAGUACUUGACAAACAGGUUUUGGAUAACCUUAUUUCUAAAUGCAUCAUAGCGAUAGAGGAUAGAGAAGAAAUAAUAAAACCGACAACACAGUUUGAACGUAAUAAAGUUCUAUUGGAAAUCCUCAUUGAGCGUCCAUAUAAUUGUUUGGAGAUAUUCAAAAAUGUCCUGAAACAAUUUGACCCGUGUGCUUCUGAUCCCGAUGUCCUAGAACUACUGAAAAGAAUUGAAAUUAGUGUGGAAAGCGAACCACCGUCCAAUAUUUCACAGGCUGAAACUAUGGUCAACACAAAUACCAUAAAAUUACACAAAAACUACCACGUGUUGCUACACAAUAUGGAUUGUACAACAGAUGUAGUUGACCAUCUUCUCCAAUCAGAAGUCCUAGAACCGGAAGACCGAGAGGAAAUAUGUUCUAUUAACCUUACUAAACACGAAAGUAAUAGACGUCUAUUGGCUACAUUAAUGCACAAAGAUAAAAACGCGUACAAUAUGUUUCUAGACGCUCUACGACAUGCAUCUCAUGAACAUGUAGUAGAUGACCUUGAAAAUACAGAGGUGACAACGCAUGACAAUGAGUUAUGUCAUAUAGGAAUGAUACAAUUGCGAGAAAGACAUAGGAAGAAGGCACAAGGAUUAGACAUGAUAUCCAAAGUAGAAAAGAACUUAACAAAGAUACAACGUGAACUUCAAAACGUUAUUCCUGCAAAUAUACGAGAGAUAAUGAGAUUACAGAUUGAGGAAUGGAUACUCAAGGACAGAUCAUUUAUUUCUACAAGGGGCAGUGAACAUGUCAGAAACUGCGCACAGGACAACAAUUGUGUGACCAUAACAGGCAGUGCCGGUGUAGGGAAAUCAUUUAUUUCCCGACAUGUUGCGCUAAAUUUGCAGGAAAAUGGGUACAUAAUUAUACCAGUGAUGGAGCCAACACAAAUUAUAAAUUACUAUCAACCUGGUAGGAAUACAGUUUUUGUUGUAGAUGAUAUCUGUGGGAAAUUCACUGCUAGUCAACAACAGAUUGAAAAGUGGCAACAGUUGUUACCUGUGAUUAAAACAAUAUUAGAAGAUAAAUGUUGUAAGAUAAUUGUAACGUGCCGGUUACAAGUUUUUAAGGACAGACAGUUUGGAGUAUUGUCCCGAUUAUUCAAGUCCUGUGUGUGCAAUUUGAUAUCCGACGAAUUACGUCUAACAAGAUCAGAAAAAACGAAGAUGGCAGAAUCUUAUUUUGGAAAACAUAUGAAUGAAUUGGACUUAACUGAAGUGUCAGAACAAUCUUUCCCGCUCCUCUGUUCUUUAUGUCAUAUGAAGCCGAAAAUGGACGUGUACAAGUUUUUCAAAAGUCCAUUUGAAGUGUAUAAAGACGAACUAGAUAUAUUAUAUUGUUCUGGAUUGAUGAAAAUUUGUUCCUUAGUAAUGAUAGUCCUCUAUAAUAACAAACUUGAUGGAGAAUUAUUUUCUGGAGAUAUUACUGACGAACAAAGAAAUCUCCUAGAUGACACUUUUGAAGCUUGUCUACUGGAAAGAGGAACAUCUAAAAUGAAGCUGAAAAGUGCUAUUGACACUUUAGUUGGUAGCUAUAUUUCUGAAGAGAAUAAUGUUUAUAGAAGUUUGCAUGACAGGUUAUUUGACUUCUUCGCUCACUACUUUGGUCACAAGAUGAUACAUUUAAUCAUAAAGCAUGGAGACAGUGGUUUCUUAAGUGAACGUGUCGUGUGGAAACCAACAAUAGAGGAUCACAAGAAUGAUGUCGAGUUUACAAUAACACUUCCUGAUCAAAAACUCCCAUUUUAUUUAAAAAGACUGAUUUCUGAUUGGUCAAAUGGGAAAGUCACAAAUGUUUUUUACAAUGAUAGCAUGAAAAUUCCUGCAUUCAGGCAACAAUUGUUGCUUCACCUUAACCAACUUGACCAGACUCAACGUUGCGAUCUUACCAAUAAGAGGGAUAAUGAAAGAGAAGACUUUGCAGCAGGCAAUACUCCUCUAAUAAAGUCAUGUCGUGGUGGUUAUUCUGAUAUAGUGGAAUGGCUGUUGGAUAACAACGGUAAUGUCAAUGUGAGUAGAGCCAAUGGCGUUACUCCGCUUUUCAUGGCAGCGCAAGAUGGUCACACAAACAUCGUUAGAAUGUUAUUGAACAAGAAAGCAGACGUCAAUUUGAGUAAGAAUGCUGGUGGAACACCUCUUAGAAUGGCCGCUCAGCAAAACCAUUCUGAUGUUGUCCGUUUAUUAAUUGAACAUAACGCGGACGUAGAUGCUCAAAUGUACGAUGGUGACAAUCCGCUUUUGACAGUCACCCGUAAUGGUUUUUCAGAUAUUGUACAGGUUUUAUUAGCUAAAAAAGCUGACUGUAAUAAAAGCCUUCAAAGCAAACAGAUAAUAGCAGAUUUUGUUGCUAAACAUCCUCCAAAGACUAUUAAAAGUGUUCAACAAAGUUGGCUGAAAGUAGCAAAUAAGUAUGGUUCAUAAUUAGUUACUAAAGAGUUCGUGAAAAAUGCAUUACCAAACUAUGUUUUUGAUAUGUUUGCUGGUUCAUACCCACUACACCUGGCUAGUUUAAUGGGACAUACAGAAGUAGUCCAAAUCCUCCUGGAGCACAAUGUAAAUGUGAAUGUUACAAAAGUUGAUGGAACAACACCGUUAUUCUAUGCAUGUCAAGUCGGACAUGAGGAUAUCGUUUGUUUAUUGUUAGAGAGAAGUGCUAAUAUAGGUAUAACACGGACUGAUGGAAAAUCUCCGCUGGAAAUCGCAUCGGACAAUGGUCAUAGAUCUAUAGUGAUAAUAUUGGAAGAACAUUCAAAGAAACAGUAAUAUUUUUUUUUUACUUUAACGACUUAAUCAACACGAGGAAGAAGGUCUACGAAGGCCAUAGUUAGCACAUUUAUCGAAAUUCAAAUCGAACUAUGUAAUAUCAUAUGCAGAUACCAAUAUUCACAAUAUUCAAUAUGCAAAUUUAGAUAAAUUUGAUUUUUUUCUAUCCAUUGUUUUUUAAAGAUGUUUAAAAUAGCUUCAAAAUUAUAUAAAGUUUCAAGUGGUUUUGCCAGAUUGACCAUUGACCACACCGGGGAAAAUUUAAAAAAAAAAUUAGAUGGGCCAGAUAUACAUUCUAACAAAACCAAAUAUGGUGGACUAUGCAUGUGGCCAAUGUCGUUUGAAGUCAAAACUAUUAAAAUUUGAAUAAACAAUUUGUCAAAAUUAA